AUGGCUUUGAUAGGCUUGUUUGAAAUCUCCAUUGCUUUCUUUUGUUUCCUCCUCUUCCGACAUUUCUUGAUCCACAAGAAACCUCACCGUUUGUGUCCCACAAACUGGCCGCUCCUCGGUAUGAUUCCGGGUUUGCUAGUCGAAAUUCAUCGUGUUUACGACUUCAUAACCGAGAUUCUCGAGGUCACAAACUUGACCUAUCCUUCCGUAGGCCCGUGUUUCGCGGGCCUCGACAUGCUGGUCACGGUUGAUCCUGCUAAUAUCCACCACAUCAUGAGCUCAAACUUCGCAAAUUACCCUAAGGGACCCGAGUUCAAGAAGCUAUUCGACGUUUUAGGAGAUGGGAUUUUCAAUGCGGAUUCAGAGUUGUGGAAGGAUCUAAGGAAAUCAGCUCAAAGCAUGAUGAUGAAUCCNGAGUUUCAAAGGUUUUCAUUAGCUACAAGCUUGAGUAAGCUAGAGAAAGGGCUUGUCCCACUUCUUGAUCAUGUUGCUAAAGAGAAACUCAUUGUGGACUUGGAAGAUGUUUUUCAAAGAUUCACCUUCGACACUACGUGUGUUUUCGCGACCGGAUAUGAUCCAGGUUGUCUCUCGGUUGAUAUGCCGGAAAUCGAGUUUGCAAAAGCUUUAGACGAUGCAGAGGAAGCCAUAUUCUUCAGACAUAUCAAGCCGGAGAUCUUGUGGAAAAUGCAAAGCUUGUUUGGGUUAGGAGAUGAGAAGAAGAUGACGAAAGCUCGCGCAACUUUUGAUCGUGUUUGCUCCAAGUACAUAGCUUCUAAGAGAGAUAAGGUAAGCCAUGGGAUUGAUUCUUCUUCUCCUUCUCAAGAUUUGUUGACAUCUUACAUGAACUUGGACACGACCAAGUACAAGUUGUUGAAUCCGAGUGACGACAGAUUCCUAAGAGACACGAUCUUGACCUUCAUGUUAGCGGGUCGAGACACGACAGGAUCUGGACUCACUUGGCUCUUCUGGCUUCUCUGUAAGACUCCAGAAGCCAUUGCCAAGAUUCUUCAAGAAAUGAACACAAAUCUAUUUCUAAAAACCAAGACUGAUUCUGAUCCAUUCAAUCCCCAAGAGUUGAAGAAGUUGGUGUAUCUACACGGUGCAAUUUGUGAAGCUCUGAGACUCUAUCCACCUGUUCCCUUUCAACACAAGUCUCCUACUAAACCUGACGUUCUUCCAAGUGGACACAAAGUCGACGCAAACUCGAAGAUUUUGUUCUGUCUUUACUCAUUAGGGAGGAUGAAAUCGGUUUGGGGAGAAGAUGCAUUGGAGUUUAAACCGGAGAGAUGGAUUUCUGAGAGUGGAAAGUCGGUCCAUGAGCCAUCUUAUAAGUUCUUGUCGUUCAACGCCGGUCCAAGAACUUGUUUGGGGAAAGAAGUGGCUAUGAUACAAAUGAAGACAGUGGCUGUGAAAAUCAUACAAAACUAUGAGAUUAAGAUUGUUGAAGGGCAAAAAAUCGAGCCAGCUCCUUCGGUUAUUCUCCACAUGAAGCAUGGUCUUAAAGUUACAGUUACUAAGAGAUGUUUGGUCUAA